AUGAACUACUUUAACGAAGAGAUGCUUCAGUCCUAUGUCCGAGGACCAAACCUAGACGAAGAAGAACCAUCUCGACUCUAUCAACAACCACAACCAAAAAAGGAAGAACCAGAAGUCAAGGAACCCAAAAAAGAAAAGCAACCAAAAGAACGUCGAGAAUCCUUCACACCAACUUGGAUGCGACGUAAGAACAUCAUUGUAAUUGAACAGAGGAAGUUCAAGUCUGUUGCAUUGGCUAUUGAUGAAUGUUAUUGUGACAAGGAUCGAGCAGCUGCUGUAAGUUUUGGGUAUAUGGACAUCAAGUAUGAUUUGAAGCUCAAGCAAACGUCUGAGAAGCAAAAGACAAGAAUUAUGCCUGACGAUACAGAUGCGAUGGCAUUUUUGAUGCUUGGAAUGAGGGAGAUUAAGUAUAAUAAUUUGGAUAAUGGUGUUAGGUUCCUUAGUAAGGUUAGGCAAUGGGUUCCAGAAGAGAUUCUACAAGCAGGUUCAACGAAUUUUAUGAUUGUUUACUUUCAGGCUAUCGAGAUGUCACCGAACGACCAAGGCGCACUCAUCGCAAGAUCAAAAUGCUAUCUACAACUAGGCGAGCCAGAGAAGGCACUGCUGGAUGCAGAAACAGCACUUGAGAUUGACAAGAACAGCAUUCGAGCAAUCUAUCAGAAAGCUGAAGCACUUUACUAUCUUGGGAAGUUUGAGCACAGCUUGAUGUUCUUCCAUCGUGGUCUGAGAUUGAGACCUGAGUUGAAUAACUUUAGAUUAGGCGUUCAAAAGACCCAAGAAGCCAUUGAGAACACCAUCGGCGGUUGUCAACACAAACUUGAACCACGACAGCUUGCAGCUCUCCAAAAAUCUGACAAACAUCCAACAAUUCCACGCUCAUUAUCGCCAGCUUCCAGCACAAACACAAGAAAAACUCCAAAAGCACCAAUCAGCCGAGAAGUUUAUGAACGCAGACAAUCCAGGAAGCUUCUCGGUGAGCUGUUUGUGGAUAAACAAUAUUUGGAAAACUUACUUAAACAUCCAGACUUGAAACGUGCAGACACAAAAACUGAAAAUGUUUCUGGAUAUGCGAAAGAUGCAAUUGCAUUUUUAAACAAUCGACAGGAAUUUUGGAGGCAACAGAAGCCAACGAAUAUUUUGUCUAGUGGAAAGGCGAUUCAUGAGACGAUUCCUCAAAUGUCUGCGAAUACAGCUUGGAGAAUUUAAGUUGGGAUUUGGGUGGGCAGCUGUGAUUUGGAGGGGAACGGCCAUAAAUAUUUAAAAGUUCAGCAAUCCUGUGCCUGUAACAGGUGACCUGUAUCGCAACUCUGGUUUAUAGAUUGAAAAUUAGGAUUUUAACUUAAUAGGGUUGAGUAGAUUAUGAAAGAAAAAUGAAGGGUUGGCCGUAAAAAUGGGGAAUAUUUUUAUUAAGUUUUAGAUUGAAAUUGUGCGUUGAAAAUAGAUUAGUUGACUAGUUUGUAGAUCUUAGAUGCUUAUAUUAAAAAAAUGACAAGCAACUUAACUUUAGAAUCAAUAAAAAUGAUAGAAAAAAUUAAAUUCAUUA